AGCAGACUCCCGGCUGUGCAGAUAGCCCAACAACGGGCUCAAUUCCAGGACUCUGGGAUCAUGAUCUGACUGAAGGGAGACCCAGGAGCCAUAGAGAUAUCCUUGAUAGACUUUUGUGUCAACAAAACAUUACUUACCAUAGAAUUAUUCCAAAAUUACACUAGAAAUAUUCAUAGAGGUAGAAGUGUAAAAACAGACUAAAAUAUUAAAAAUGCUCACUUUUGAAUGGCCUUAAUAGGAAUAUAUUUUUACCUCCAGUUAUUUUUGCCUUCAGUUAGUCAGCAAAUACUGUGCCAGGCACAAAUCCAGAUGCUAGGAGUAGGGCAGUGAAAACGCUGACCUCGCGGAGUUUACAGCCCAGUAUUGGGGGACAGAUAUUACACAAGUAUGUCAGGGAGUGAGUGAUAAAAGAGAAAAAUAAGGUAGGGCAGAAGCAUGGCGGGAGGCUGUUCACAUAGGCUUAGGGAAAGCCAGUUGGAGGGAGCGACAUUUGAGCACAUCGAGGGUGCUAGUUUGUGGAUACAGAUAGCUUUAUAAUUUUCCGUACUUAAUUUUUUCUACACUAGGCAUGCAAUACUUGCAUAAUCAAAUCAAAAGACACUGCUUUAUGUUUCAGGAAAUAUGUAUUUCCUGAAAUACAGAUAUAUAUAGCCUCAUAUAUAUCUAUAUAUAGAUAGGUAUAAAUAAGAUAGCCUUAUAUAGAAAUACAGCCUUAGAUCUCCAGGUAGAGAAGUAAGAGUGUGGGAGCAGGUACAAAUGCAUGAGAAGGAGAACCCAGAGCUCCCCCACCGCCCCGCAGACGAAGCUGCUGGUGGGAGACCGGGGGGCUCCCCGGGAUCAGGGUGACCGCGUGUGGCGUACUGCCACAACACCCCCGCCGAGGCUCGGGUGCGAAGAUCGCCGCAGGAGGCUCCGCGUCCCUCGCGGGACUGCAUUUCCCAAGAAGCUCCACGCCCCGCUAGGCGCGGCUAACGACUUCGGCGAGGACGGGACCCAAGAGGCUGGAGAGGAGUACCCCGGAGCCGAGUCACGCUCAUUCAACUCGUGGCUGGGCCAGAUGCCUUCUCGGCCCACCAGACCAGCCAUGGCUUUCCCUUUUCGCCUUUCACCGACCGGGGGAGGGUAGAGAAAUAGGAAAAUACGAGUUUAGAAGCUGACCUCAGCUCGGGGACAUAGGUGGGCGCUGCUACCUCCUGAUCGGCCAACUCUGGGAAUUCUCCCCGUUCAUUGGCUAUCCGUCAGGAAGAAGGCGGACUCAAUGGGCGAAGGGCUUUCUGGGGCGUGUAGUUCGAGUGCUUCUUACGGCGCAUGCGCUGUGUCGUUUCCCGGCGAGCCCCGCGCGAACUUCCGUCGCAAGAACCUGGCGACGGAACUAGGAACCCCUGGGCAGUUGUGGGCGGAGUACCUGUCCAGAUGCCCACCCAGCUGCCACAGGGGAUCCCUCUGGGAGACUGAAGGGCAGGCUCCCAGGCCCAGGUUGAGGCCGGCCAGUCCUGAGCUUUAGACCAGGGGAAUGGCAGCACCCCCAGAGCCUCAGGAUGAGGCCCCUGGGGAGGGAGAGGGGCUGCUGAUCGUCAAGGUGGAAGAUUCCUCCUGGGAGCAGGACUCUGCCCGGCAAGAGGAUAGCAGGGACUCCGAGGCCUGUCGCCAGCGCUUUCGGCACUUUUGCUACAGGGAUGUGGGCGGGCCCCAUGAGGCCUUCAGCCAGCUCUGGGAGCUCUGCUGCCGCUGGCUGCGGCCAGAGCUGCGCACCAAGGAGCAGAUCCUGGAGCUGCUGGUGCUGGAGCAGUUCCUGAGCGUGCUGCCCGGAGGCGUCCAGGGCUGGGUCCGAGAGCGGUGUCCAGGGAGUGGAGAGGAGGCCGUUGCCUUGGUGGAGGUCCUGCAGAAGCAGCCAGUGAAAGCAUGGCCGCAGGAAGUGCCCUCAGAGGAAGUGGAACCCGAGGCUACGGUCCAGGGACCCCAGGCCAGGGGGCUUCGCAUGAAGGUGGGGGCGCGAAGCUGGCCACCUGCACCUUGGGAGCAGCGCAGCUAUGGUGGGUAUUUCUGUUCCAGAAAGCCUAGGGAUGCAUGUGCAUGUACACGUGUGAGAUCUCACUCCUGGCCCGGGCUGGCGUCUGUGAGCCUCUGUUCUUCUUCAGCCCAGCUUCCCGCUCUUAAAGAAGGGAGAACCAGAGAGACAGCCGACACCUGCUUUACCUCUGAGGCCCACGGACCUGUGACAUUUGGAGACAUUCCCUUCUAUUUCUCCCGGGAAGAAUGGGGCUCUCUGGACCCUGCUCAGAGGGAACUCUUUUGGGACAUAAAGCGAGAGAACUCCCGGAAUGUUGCCCUGGCUCUGGUGCCAGAACCCAGUGGAACUGAAGAUGCUGCCCCCUCUCGGCUUGCAGGUUUGGGGCUCCGGAGCCACAGGGAGCAACCCGGGCUGGAGGAGUCGGUGACAGCACCGAGGGGCCAGGCCGGAGACGGUGGCCGUGGCACCGGCCACAGUGACGUGACUGCGUCCUGGAGCCCUGAGGAAGCCGAGGCUUGGGAGGGCGAGGCCCGGCCGGGGGCGCCCCUGGGCCGCGCGGUGGGGGCACGGAGGGGGCGGCCGCCCGCGCGCCGGCGGCAGCUGCGGGACCUGGCGGCGGAGAAGCCGCACAGCUGCGGUCAGUGCGGCAAGCGCUUCCGCUGGGGCUCGGACCUGGCGCGCCACCAGCGCACGCAUACCGGCGAGAAGCCGCACAAGUGCCAGGCAUGCGAGAAGAGCUUCCGCAGCUCGUCGGACCUGCUACGCCACCAGGGCGUGCACACGGGCCAGAAGCCCUUCUCCUGCUCCCAGUGCGGCAAGAGCUUCAGCCGCAGCGCCUACCUGGCCGACCAUCAGCGCAUCCACACGGGCGAGAAGCCCUUCGGCUGCAGCGAGUGCGGCAAGAGCUUCUCGCUGCGCUCCUACCUGCUGGACCACCGGCGCGUGCACACUGGCGAGCGGCCCUUCGGCUGCGGCGAGUGCGACAAGAGUUUCAAGCAGCGAGCCCACCUCAUCGCCCACCAGAGCCUGCACGCCAAGAUGGCCCAGCCUGUGGGCUAAGGGCUGGCGAGGCCCGGGGUGGGGGUGGCGGGGUCUCCCGAGGGUGAAGCGGCGCCGCAGGCCUCCUGGGCUUCACCCUCCCUCUGUGGCCUCCAUCCGGGCUGCCCGCCCUGCCCUGGGGCCUGGCCCCCGCUCCCAGGGAGUGGGAAGCCCCCGCACCUCAUGGCCAUUUUCCUUCUUCUUUCCUGGGGCUGCAGCACAUUCCUGGCCUGUGGCCUCUGCGUGGGAGACAGGCUGCGCCAUCAGGGAAGUGUGAGGACUGGGGCAGGGCCUGGGGUCCUCUGCACUGCCCUAACCGCCCCCCCCACCAGCCUUGCUUGCCCCUGUGGCUCUUUGUUCCCUGCCCCGUGGGCUGAGUCUGUGGGCCUGGCCCUCUGCCCUUCCAAGCUGUGCCUUGAAGUGGGUGUGGAGGACAGGCCAUGACCUGCGGGAUGCUGCUGGGCUCUGGGAGGGACAGCCCAUCCUGGGGAGGAUCUGGGUCCUGGGUAUGGCCACAGGGGGCUUUCCAGCCACAUCCCCUCCCAUUUCUAGGCCUUGACCGUUGGGCCCUGAACGGAAACCAACUGCCUCUGCUCUUAGCCUACUUGCCCCCAAGCAAGUUCCUGAGCGCACUCCCCAGCCAGUCUGGUGAGGGUGGUGGCGGCUCCAGGGAUGGGAGGCCCACACUGAAGACCAAGGACAGGGCUGCUGGAGGCUGGCUGCCCCUGGCGGCCCCCCUCUCCAGAGGUGUGGGGUUCGUGAUACUUAACACUAGCACUCUGUUAGCGCUCAGUCGCUGACUCCCUAAGCACUGCAUUCCGUGCUGCUGGCCACAGUGUCUGCAGAUAGGCGACUGCAGGGACCCACCACGGGCUCUCUGAAGGAGCUUGGCUCUGCUGGUCUCCAAAGGGCAGGCAGUAGAGGACGUUGAAUAAAUAACGGAAUCUUUCUCUA